AUGCAAAAAGGUACAUCACAAUCAAUAGAUGUUAUAACAUCUACUUCUGGUUCAUCAUCCAUUCCGCAUGACAUGGUCAAUGUUACAACAGAGGCGUCCAUUGAAUAUGGAGUUUUUGACCCGAGAUUUCUUCAAAGUGACUGCAAAGAGAGACGGAGGUUAAGGAAAUUAUAUUUAGACAGUAAAAGAUCUACAAGUCUACAACAACGAAAAUUAUACCCUUCAAAUACUUUAUCAUCUUCUACUGAUUUAAGAUUGAUAUCUUUCAACACGCACAAUGUUACUCCUACAACGUCGGUUGUACCUACAAGUAAUGUUAGUUGUCUUACAAACAACUUGACUACUCCAAUAAACAUUCGUCGUUUUUCUCUAUCUUCAAACAUCACAAAUUCUAGCAACACAUCUACCAUUCUCGAAAAUUCUUCUUUACAGAGGAUGUCACCAGGAAAACGUAAGUUAUUAAGUAAAUCACGAGUUACAUCUCCUAUACCAAUGAUUGACUUGACGACAGAGGAAACUACAUAUGAGGCAAUUUACAAAGGAGUUUCAACAGAUUAUUUCGAUCAUGGUGACCAAUGUAUUACUUGUGAAGUAUGCAAUGCUAAAUUAUGGGAUGCUGAAAAAGGAAGGGGAAGAAAAGAGAAAGGAAGAAUAUGCUAUUUCUUAUGUUGUGGUUAUGGCAAAGUAGAGCUACCAGAUUAUAAAGAUGCUGUCCCAAGUUAUAAGAAACUUUUUAUGUAUAAGGAUAAAGAAAGCAAACAUUUUUUGAAUAAUAUUCGACGGUAUAACUCCAUGUUUGCUUUCACGUCAAUGGGUGGUAAAGUUGAUCCCACUGUUAACAGAGGUAAUGGACCAUUCUGCUACAGAAUUAGUGGAGAAAACUACCACAGCACUGGAAGCCUGCUUCCGGAAGACGGAGAUCAACCAAAAUUUUGCCAGCUCUACAUUUUCGAUACUGAAAACGAACUUUCCAACAGACAAUCCGUUUUUAGUCGUUCCAAGGAUUCAUCUUCCUCAAGUGUGGCUGAACUUGAUAGUAAACUGAUUGAACAUAUAAAAUGUGUUUUAGAUUCAGAAAAUCAGUUGGUAAAAGCUUAUAGGAUGGUUAGAGACUGUUUUCAUGAAAACCCUGAUCUUAAUCUAAAGCUUUGUCUAAUUGGUAUUAGAGAAAAGGAUGGACGAACGUAUAAUUUACCAACCUGUGGUGAAGUUGCUGCUCUAAUUGUGGGGGAUAUUGCCAACACAAUCAACAAUAGAGAUAUAGUUAUUGAAACGCAGACAUGUACUUUGAAACGAAUUAGUGAAUUGCAUCCUUCAUACCUUGCACUUCAAUAUCCUAUUUUGUUCCCUUAUGGAGAUGAUGGUUACAGAAUUGACAUCCCUCAUCGAGGUGUCGUAGACGUAAUCAAUAAGAAACGUCCAAAUUGUACAAUGAGAGAGUUCUUUGCAUAUCGUGUGCAAGACAGAAUUAAUCAGUUUUCAUUGAUUCUAAAUUCAAGGAGACUCUUUCAACAAUUCUUGGUUGAUGCGUAUACUAUGAUUGAGAGCGAAAGGCUUAACUACAUACGACUUCAACAAAAGAAUCUAAGGUCAGAUAGCUAUGAAAGUCUAUGUGAAUUAAGAAAUAAGGGCCAGCAAGACAUAUCUAAGUGGCCUGAGGUAAAAAGGUUUCUUAGAGACACAAAUCUUAAACCUGAAGAUAGGCCCGAUAUACUGAGCAGAUUGUUUAAAAUAAAGUUGGAUUCAAUUUGCAAAGAUUUUAAAGAACGCCAUCUAUUUGGAAAAGUUGCAGCAGUUGUUUACACAAUCGAGUUUCAAAAGAGAGGAUUGCCUCAUGCCCACCUAUGCUUAUUCUUAGAAAAUGAAUCCAAACUUCCAACGGUAGACCAUGUUGAUCCAUUUAUAACUGCAGAAAUCCCUGAUGAAGAUGAAGAUGCAGAAUUAUAUGCGCUUGUGAAAGACUAUAUGAUUCAUGGUCCAUGUGGUAACGCUAAUUUAAGUUGUCCAUGUAUGGUUGACAAUAAGUGUUCGAAGGGUUUUCCAAAGAAAUUUCAAGAUCAUACUACACUGGAUUCAAAUGGAUUCCCAAUAUACAAAAGAAGAGAUAAUGGUGCUUCAGUAGUAAAAAAUGGAAUCGACUUAGACAACCGAAGUGUUGUGCCAUACAACAAAAAACUUUUGAAACGGUACCAGGCACAUAUAAAUGUUGAGUGGUGCAAUCAAGCCGGAUCAAUUAAAUAUUUGUUUAAAUAUAUAAAUAAAGGCCCUGAUAGAGCAACCGUUGCUGUUGUCCAACAUGAUAAUAACAAUGAAGAACUAGAACAAGACGAGGUCAAAGAAUAUUAUGAUUGUAGGUAUCUAUCGGCUUGUGAGGCAUCUUGGAGGAUCUUCGCCUACGAUGUGCAUUACAGGACUCCUUCUGUUAUGAGGCUGCCUUUCCAUCUUCCCGGAAAACAACCUGUUGUUUUUGGACCCGACGAGGAUAUUAAUCAAGUCCUUAACAAACCAUCUCUCAAAGCUUCAAUGUUUCUUUCCUGGAUGGAACGUAACAAAGACCCGAAUGACACAUUGGCCCGUACACUUACAUAUGUUCAGUUUCCAAGUUGGUAUGUAUGGAAGCUUGAUAAACGUUGUUGGGAACCUAGACAAAGACAUAAGUCAAUUGGGAGAAUUCACGCUGUAAGUCCGUCUCUUGGGGAAGCAUAUUUUUUAAGAAUUCUUCUUAACAAAGUGAAAGGACCAAAAUCUUUUGAUGAUAUUAAAACAGUUGAUGGUAAGGUAUCUGAUACAUUUAGAGAUGCAUGUUAUGCACUCGGUCUUUUGGACGAUGACACAGAAUACACUGAGGCAAUCAAGGAAGCAAAUGAAACAGGAUCCCCUUCGUAUCUUCGUAAUUUAUUUGCUACUUUGCUAUUAACAAAUACGUUAUCCAGACCAGAGGUUGUAUGGGAAAGCACAUGGAGAUACAUGACAGAUGACUUUAUCUACAGACUUAGAAAAUAUCAUCGAGUUACAGCUUUAUCAAUUCCAGAUGAGCAGCUUAAUAACUACGUUUUGAGUGAAGUUGAAAAAUUCUUAGCUAGAAACAACUCAUCACUCAAAAGAUUUGAGACAAUGCCGUACCCAGAUAAUGCGUCUAUGUCUGAUUCAGACAAUCGUUUGAUUAACGAGGAGCGUAUCUACGACCAAACCAAUCUUGAAGUUGAAUUUAAUAAUCAACUUAAUUUGCUAACUGAGGAGCAAGGGUCAGUUUUCCAACAAAUAAUCAACGCAAUUGAUGGUAACAAAGGUGGGGUUUUUUUUGUGUACGACUAUGGUGGGACCGGGAAGACCUUCUUAUGGAAGACAUUAUCUACGGCAAUCAGAUCAAAAGGUCAAAUUGUAUUAAACGUUGCUUCCAGUGGGAUCGCGUCGUUGUUAUUGUCUGGUGGCAGGACCGCGCAUUCCAGGUUUCGUAUUCCAUUGAAUCUUACAGAGGAUUCAGUUUGUCAUAUAAAACCUGAUGGAGAUGUAGCUAGACUACUACACGAAACAAACUUGAUUAUAUGGGAUGAAGCGCCUAUGGUCCAUAAGCAUGCAUUCGAAGCGUUGGAUAGAACAAUGAACGACAUUUUCAAUAUCGACACUUCCAACAGAUCAAAUAUCCGCUUUGGAGGAAAGGUUAUUGUUUUAGGAGGCGAUUUUAGACAGAUCCUUCCUGUUGUUCCAAAUGGUGGAAGACAAGAGAUUGUCAAUGCCUCAAUAAGUUCGUCUUAUCUGUGGAAUACAUGUAAGUUGCUGAGACUAACAAAAAACAUGAGGUUAACAGUUGGAAGUUCAGCAUCGGACGCUGAAGAAAUAAAACAAUUUGCAAAAUGGCUUUUGGAUAUAGGUGAGGGAAAUGUUGGUGGUCCAAAUGAUGGAGAAGCAUCAAUUGAAAUACCAAGCGACCUUCUGAUCACUGAUACAUCGGACCCCAUUUCAACUUUAAUUGAUUUUGUGUAUCCUUCAAUUCUUGAAAACUUCAACAAUCAGAAUUAUUUCAGUGAGAGGGCUAUACUUGCACCUAAGAACGAGGUUGUGCAUGAAAUUAAUGAUCGGUUGUUGUCACUAUUCCCAGGCGAAGAACGAGAAUAUCUUAGUUCAGACAGUCUUUGUCAGUCUGAAAAUCCAAACGCUACACAACAAAAACUAUACUCUCCUGAUGUGCUUAACGGUCUUAAAGUAUCCGGCUUACCUAAUCAUAGGCUAGCACUAAAAGUAGGCGUGCCGGUGAUGCUAUUACGUAACAUUGACCAACAAAAUGGUCUUUGCAAUGGUACACGACUACAAGUCAAAAAAAUGUAUAACCGUGUAAUAGAAGCCGAGAUAAUAUCCGGAGGGAACAUAGGCACUCGCACUUAUAUACCAAGGAUUAGUUUGAUACCUUCUGAUAAAAAAAUUCCUUUUGAGUUUCAAAGGAGACAAUUUCCGUUGGCUGCUUGUUUCGCAAUGACUAUUAACAAGAGUCAGGGACAAUCACUGUCUAGAGUUGGUCUGUAUCUGAAACAGCCAGUUUUCACCCAUGGUCAGCUGUAUGUUGCUUUAUCGAGAGUUAAAACCAGACAAGGAGUUAAACUUCUGAUUCUGGACAAUGACGGCAAACCUACUAAUAAAACGACAAAUGUAGUUUACAAAGAAGUAUUUCGUGACUUGUGA